AAAAAAAAAAAAAAAAGAAAAAAAACACGUGAAAUUUUUUAGGGGGAGAAGGAAUUUUGAUCUAUAAUACCGCCCAUUUUUCACUUUGAAAAAUUUGCCAAUUCCGGUCUUUCUCUCAAAGACUUCUCUCUCUUUCUCUCUCUCUCUCCCUCUUCUCUACUCAGUUCUUCAAACAGAGAGGCCUCCAUCUGAUACUUUCAACGGAAUCAGCCUCCAUAACCUGUGCAUUUCCUUCUUCAGAUAAGUAAAAAGGCAAGCUAUGCCGGAGUCUAGAGACAGAUUGUCAAGGCCUGUUGACGUGGCCGGAAUUUUCACUCAACGGAGAUCUAAUAGUUUUGGUGUUCUGGUCGAUGAGCCCGUGGUGGCUCGAACCUUGAUUGGAUCUCCGCCCAUGCUACAAACGACAACCGCGACACCAACGACGGCGGCUGUUCUUGGUACUCCGGUGGGUUUUGGGGCUGCAAGAGAAGAUGGUGGCGGGGUCAGAAGAGAGAGUUUGGUGUCCCCAAGAGCUGGGACCUGGCGGAGGGAGAGCACACCCAUGUCUGGAACCACUCGUCGGGGAUGGGGUCGUGGACGGGGACGAAACCGGACCACACAGUUACCUUCUUGGUACCCAAGAACCCCUCUGCGUGAUGUCACUGCAAUUACAAGAGCUAUUGAAAGGAGAAGGGCUCUAUUGAGAGAAUCUGGAAGCGGCCUAGAGAUGGGCAGUCCUACAGCACAGGACCUUGGGGUUUUUGCAUCUCCUUCAGCUGCUCCACUGGAGCAGAAUCGUUAUGAUGCUACUACUCCAUAUACGGCUGUGAGGAGCACCAAGCUUUUCCCGCCUUCAGUUAGUUCGGUUGGCAAAGUUCCAAAGAUUUUGCGUGGAAUAGCCAAUCAGACAACUGGGGAUGAUUCAGAUUGCUUGACUCCACAGAAGAAACUUCUCAACUCCAUUGACAAAGUUGAGAAGGUAGUAAUGGAGGAGUUGCAGAAGCUGAGGAGAACUCCCACUGCCAAAAGAGCCGAAAGAGAAAAAAGGGUCCGAACCUUGAUGACAAUGAGGUAAUAUCCCUACAAUUUGAAGCAGUGAGGAGUUAAGAGGGCAGGAGCUCGGGCAAAAACCCCUUUGCUGAGCUGAAACUUGAUCAUCUUCCGAUGAUUGUAGGAUUGCCCCAAUUUAUGCUAUAAUUGAAUUUUGUCUUUGGUGAUGGUACUUAAUCACCAUUAUUUGUUAAUUUUGUAAUUCACCAUCAUUUUAGGAUGGUUUUGUGUAGGACUAUAGAUAUCUGUACAUAACGACAAUGCCAAUUUUUGCUAUUAAUUUGAACUAGUAAAGAAUAUCUCAGUCAUAGAAAA